GGGAGAGAGGGAGAGGGAGAGAGAGGAGUGUUGUAUUUGCAGCAAUGGUAAGCAUAUCGUAGAUGUUGUUUGAGUUGUGAAGUGAGAGUCGAGUCAAUCAAUUGAAUGAAAGGCCGGAAAUUGAGAUCAAACUAAAUAUGAGUCCAUUUGUCGCUCGUUUGCAAACAUUUGGUUAAUUCAGUCAUUCAUACAAUUGAUUGUCACAAACAAUACUUAUGUCCCUUUAAAUUGUCACUAAAACACUCACAUAUCGUAUCGAUUGGUGUAUUAAAUGCCUGUAUUUACUCUAUGUUAACAUUAUUUACAUGACUAACACAAUAUUGUUAUCGGAUUUAAUGAUUGUUACCAUAAUUAAAGUGCUCUAACAUUGUGUCAAAAUAUAUAAUCCGGACAUAAAAUGGAUCCAAACCUAACACCACAUGAAAAGGAGGCGUUGAAUCAAUUUCUGGAAAUUGUGAAUGAGAUCCGUAUUCAACACAACACGAGUAAUAUGUCGACCAAAACGGCGCUCAAGUUUCUGAUGGCCCGCAAGUUUGAUGUGCACCGAUCUCUGGCCUUAUAUGAAGCUCACGAAAUGACCCGAUAUCGGGAGGGUUUGGCCACAUUUGAGCCCAACUCACAGCCCCUUAAGGCUGAGUUGGAAACCGGAAAAUUCACAGUUUUGCCCGUUCACGACAGUAUCGGUGCCGCCAUUGCCAUGUUCUCCGCCGGGAAGCACUUCCCCAGUGAGACAUCACACCAAACCACUCUUAAGGGUGUUGUCUAUCAAAUGGAUGUGGCGUUAGAAGAUGUCGCGACUCAAAGGUCGGGAAUUGUGUUCAUAUAUAAUAUGAUUGGUUCCAAGUAUUCCAACUUCGACUACGAGUUGAGCCAAAAAAUCCUGAGUCUCCUGAAGGGCGCAUAUCCGGCGCGGCUGAAGAAGGUGUUGAUAGUGAUGGCGCCGAUUUGGUUUAGGGCUCCCUUCAAGAUAUUGCGACUCUUUGUGAGGGAAAAACUUCGCGAUCGAGUAUUUAUGGUAAACGUGUCACAACUCGGUAUUCAUAUACCGGCCAAUGCUUUGCCCCGAGAAUUGGGCGGACAGUUGGAAGUGAAUCACAUGACAUGGCUUUCCCGUUGUCUACAGUCUCAGAGCAGUGAUAUCAAUGAGUUGUGUUCUCUCACGUCAUCCAAGUCUUUCUCAUUGAACACAACCGGUGCUCAAUCGGACGGUGCAAUAAUUGGUAACAUUUCCAAGCAUUUUAGUGAACAAACCAAUAAUGGUUUUAGUGAUGAAGACGAGCCCUCGUCAGCCAAUAGUGAAAAGUGUCUCAAUAUUGCCAAUAAUGUGGACAAAAACGGUUCAAUACUGUUAUCAACGGAUUCCGCACACAAUAGUAACUCAAUAUCAAAGACUGCAAAAUGCAAACCCGAUGUCAUAUCAGUGCCAACCCAUAACAUGGGAUCCGAUCAAAAUAAUUCCUAUCAAAACGGAAAGUCAUGCGAAACGGAAACAACACUCGACGACGAAGAAGAAGAGGACCAAAACGCAGGGAUGAGUGUCGAAGAGUUUAUACAACACUUGAAAGACACUGGAAGGAGAGGACUGCAUGACGAGUACAGUGCCAUUAAGGCUCGCGGACCCGACGGCACGUUUGAAGUGUCGCGACUGCGAGUGAAUCAAUGCAAGAACAGGUAUACAGACGUGCCGUGUUAUGACCGGACACGAGUCAAACUCUCGCUCAUCGAUGGCGAUCCCAAUACAGACUAUCUUAACGGCAAUUAUGUUAACGGAUAUAAACAGAAGAAUGCAUUCAUUUCAACACAAGGUAUUGCACAUUGUUUUUACUAA